UCAACUCGGUGUUCCUCGCCCUUUUCUUGUGUGUUUUGCCUGAGAAUUGUCAAAGCUCCACGAUUCCAUAAUCAUGGCCACUGCUUCAGGUGCUUUUAAGUCUAGGGCAAAUCACAGGAAGCAAAUAGAAUUAGAAGAAGCUCGUAAAGCUGGGCUUGCUCCAGCAGAAGUAGAUGAGGAUGGAAAGGAAAUCAAUCCUCACAUACCUCAGUACAUGUCCUCUGCUCCAUGGUAUCUCAACUCUAAGAAACCGAGCUUGAAGCAUCAAAGGAACUGGAAGAAUGAUCUCAAUAGCAAAAGUACAUGCUACGACAGAGGCGCAAAGAUGUUUCAAGCUGAAAAAUACAGGAAGAAAGCAUGUCAAAACUGUGGUGCAAUGUCUCAUGAUGUGAAAUCAUGUAUGUAUAGACCUCGUAAGGUCGGAGCCAAAUUCACAAACAUGUACAUUGCACCGGAUGAGAAGGUCGAGAGUCUGAAACUCGACUAUGCUGCCAAGAGGGACCGAUGGAACGGUUAUGAUACUUCAGACUACCACCGUGUGGUAGAGCGCUAUGAAGCAAGAGAGAAUGCACGAAAGAAGUACCUGAAGGAGCAGAAGAUUAAGAAACUAGAAGAGAAUGAUGGAGACGAAGAUGAAGACGACGACGGCUUAAGAGUGGAUGAAGCCAAGGUUGAUGAGAGCAAGCAGAUGGACUUUGCAAAGGUAGAAAAGCGUGUUAGAACAAGUGGUGGUGGUAGCACAGGAACUGUAAGGAAUCUACGUAUCAGGGAAGACACUGCCAAGUAUCUAUUGAACCUUGAUGUCAACUCGGCUCACUACGACCCUAAAACAAGAUCCAUGCGUGAGCACCCGCUUCCAAAUACAGAUCCGAAUGAGAAAUUUUAUUUGGGAGAUAAUCAUUAUAGAAACAGUGGGCAGGCUCUAGAGUUCAAACAGAUGAACAUCCACUCAUGGGAAGCUUUUGACAAGGGACAAGACACGCAUAUGCUAGCGGCUCCAUCCCAAGCUGAGUUGCUCUACAGGAACUUUAAGGAUGCUAAGGCCAAACUGAUAUCUCAAACAAAGGACUCACUUAUGGAGAAGUAUGGGAAUGCUUCCACAGAGGAUGACAUCCCCAUGGAGAUUUUGCUUGGGCAAAGCGAAAGACAAGUAGAGUAUGACCGUUCAGGGAGGAUUAUAAAGGGACAGGAGGUGAUACUUCCAAAGAGCAGAUACGAAGAAGAUGUUUAUGCUAACAAUCACACUAGUGUUUGGGGCUCAUGGUGGAAAGACCAGCAGUGGGGAUAUAAAUGUUGCAAGCAGACCAUUCGCAAUAGCUACUGUACAGGUUCUGCUGGAAUUGACGCUGCAGAGGCUUCCCUUGAUCUGAUGAAGGCUAAUAUUGUUCGCACUGAAGUGAGACCAAAUAAGGUUGAAGAGAAGAGAAUGGCAACGUGGGGAACUGACAUCCCUGGUGAUUUGGAAUUGAACAAGGAUGUACUUUCUAAUGCUCUUAAAAAGGAGGAUGAGCUUAAGAGAGAAGAAAAAGAUGAGAGGAAACGAAAAUACAAUGUCAAAUACAACAAUGAUGUGACUGUGGAAGAGAUGGAAGCUUAUAGGAUAAAGAGAGCUCACCACGAGGAUCCAAUGAAAGAGUUCCUCUGAAAACAGAGUUUUACUUAUCUUUUUUAUUCCCUUUCAUCAUCAUGUAACCUGCAGAAAUCUUAUUAAGUUUUAUGUGACCCUAACGUUGUUUGAGACCCCUUUGAAGUAAAAAAAACGUUACUGCAGGUUUGGAAAUGAGAAGCACUACUUGCUGACAAGAUUCUUAUUUAUCUAUAGUUCGUCCUUUUCACUAAUUUUCCUCUAUUUUAAUUUCCUUCGUUUUAUAAGUUGUUGUCCUUCUUAUACGUUAAGUGAGAAUAUUGGAGAAGUGUACCUGUUGGAUAAACUUCAAAAUAGCUUGCAGCAUAAGUAAUCUCUAAUAAGUUGAUUAGGAUAAGGAAGGCUUGUUAUAAUCGAACUAGAAUUAGGAGUUAUUAGUUCUAAUAGAAAUAUUGAUUAGCAAAGUUGUGGCACCUAUAUAAACACCAUUGUUGAAUUUUGACUUGUGACAAAGGUGUGAAAAAAAUUUGGUUUUAGUUUUGAGUUAUUUAAUAAACAUAAUAAUAAAGAGAGUUAUUUUUUAAAUCUCUUUUUAUUUGGUAUCAGAGGCAAGUUUUACGGAGGAGAUGACAACAAGAGAAACUCUAGACAUGGAAGAUAGAAAAUCUCCAAUGAAGUCAAAAGAGCAUGUACCAUCGUCGGUAUUCUGAGAAGCAAUCAAGAUGCGGCAUCUUGGAGCAGACCGAGUUAAAGAGGCUAGACUUUAAACUUUGAUGUCUGAGUUCAAACGUUUGAGAAUGAAAGACUCAUAAACUAUUAAUGUGUUCACCGUGAAAUUAUCAGAAUUAGCUACAAUAGCUGCAGCCCUAGGUCAAAAUAUUGAAGAAUCAAGGAUGGUGAAGAAGUUUCUUCAAAGUUUGCCGCGAAACUAGUACAUACAAAUCAUAGCAUCACUCGAGCAGGUCGAGCAGGUCCUAGAUCUAAACAAGACUGGUUUUGACGAUAUAGUUGGAUGGCUCAAAGCUUAUGAUGAACUUAUACUUGACGAUGUAACACAUGAAAAACCCCAAGGGAACAUAUUAUUUUCAAAAAACAGAGUCUCAAGUAAAUCAAACCAGAAACGAAAACUCAAGAGGACGAGGAACGGGUUUUCGGGAUAGAGGACGUGGGAGAUAUUAUACACAUGAUCGAAAUAAGGAAAGAAAAUAAAGACCCAGGGAUAAGGAUUUCAUGUUCGGAAGGUUGCUGGAGACAAGAGUUAAGGAGGGGAGGAGUGAAAGAAUAAUUUCGACGGUCUUUUGAGGUUGGAGUAUGAUCUCAAAUUAUGAGUUUAACACAAAGGGAGAAUCUGGUUGGUCUGGAGACCAGACAUUAGAGUCACGCCAUUCUUUAAAAGUGGACAAUUAUUCACAGUUUCAAUAUUGAUGGUAGGGGAGGAUGAGUUUUUUUUACUCAAUCAUAUACGCUUUGAAUACUAUGGAAGAGAAAAUGAGCUAUGGAAGGAUCUAAAGCACCAUCAGGACUCGCUGAUUGUCCGAAACAAACCAUGGUUGAUUGCUGGUGAUUUUAAUGAGACGGUAGACAUGGAGGAUCAUUCGUCGCAUGAGGUUUCACCUAUGGUUACUCAAGGGAUGCGUGAAUUUGGUGAUGUUGAGCAAUACUGCUUGCUGAUGGAUUUAGGUUCUCAUGGAACGCAUUACACAUGGUGUAAUAAAAAAAACGGAGGGCCUUAUCUCAAAUAAGAUUGAUCGAGUUAUGUUUAAUGAUCAGUGGCUAGCUGACUAUCCUCAAUCUUAUGCUGUAUUUGAGAGUGGUGGGUGUUCAGAUCAUCUCCGCUGCCGCAUUCAACUCCAAUCUGAGAUUGCGCGCCGCCCGAAAAGGAUAUUUAAAUUUGUCAAUGCCAUUACAGAACUGGAGGAAUUCUUACCAAGUGUUAGUCAGUAUUGUGAGACCACAGAACCAAUCUUCUUAUCGACUUCAUCUCUUUUUAAAGAAACUAAAGAAUUUGAAGCCAAUCAUUAAGGAGCUGGGGAAAAAGAGGAUGGGAGAUCUCUCAAGCAAAUCAAAGGCUUCUUUUGAAGAGCUAUGUCUUAAGCAAGAUGAAACAAUGAGAAAUCCAACACAACAGAACAUGCGGGCAGAGA